GCCGGCGAUUCAGUCUGCCGACGCGACCCGACCUAAGUGCACGUACAUUACGCUACAAAACGCGGCACCCCACACGAUCGAACGUGCUUUUUUUACCCAGUGACAGAUACGAGAGGGCGACCUCUCUCAACCGACAAGAUUGCUUCACAAGUGGAAAUGCCGUCAAGCCUCUUCGGAGAGCUCGGAGGUGGGCUGGUGGAAGACCAGCGAGCGUUCCAGCUCGCGCUCGAGCUGAGCAUGCUUAACUUUGGCGAGAGUCUGCCCUCCUCAAACCCGCUCGCCAGUCCUCUGGGAUUCGCACCGCCCCCGGACGACCGCACCAAGAAAUCACAGAAUAUGACCGAAUGCGUGCCAGUACCAUCUUCAGAACACGUCGCCGAAAUUGUUGGUAGACAAGGAUGCAAAAUCAAAGCUCUUCGGGCGAAGACUAAUACCUACAUAAAGACACCGGUGCGCGGCGAGGAGCCUGUGUUUGUGGUAACAGGCCGCAAGGAAGAUGUGGCACGCGCCAAACGUGAGAUCCUCUCCGCCGCCGAGCACUUUUCCCAGAUCCGCGCCUCGCGCAAGUGCGGCGCAGCACCCCCGCCACCCGCUGGCGCCCCUGGACACGUCACCGCGCAGGUGCGCGUGCCCUACCGCGUCGUGGGGCUCGUUGUAGGACCCAAGGGCGCUACUAUCAAGCGCAUUCAGCACACAACACACACUUACAUAGUGACACCCUCGCGUGAGCGCGAGCCUGUCUUCGAGGUGACUGGACUGCCAGAGAGCGUCGAAGCAGCCCGCAAAGAGAUCGAAGCACAUAUUGCUCUACGCACUGGUGCCGCUGGAGGAGCCGCAACCGGCACUGGAGUUUCAGGCGGGGAAGGUGAGCCACUGGCCCAGUUGUACCGCGCUGGACUGGCCUCGUUACUUCGUCCCGAACAAGAAGCCGCAUUUUCCUCCGCAGGGUCGUGCUCGUCGGGUGGCUCCUCGGGCAGAUUGGGCGACCUUCUAGGCAUUUGGUCAUCGACGGAACGCGACGAGGGUCUGGGCGAGUCGCCAUCGUUCGAGUCACCGAGCGCGGGCAGCGUGUGGGCCUGGGGCCCCCCGAGGCCGUCUCCCGCAGCGUCUCCAGCUCGCGCGUGCGCCGUGUGUGGCGAGCGCGGUGUGGCGGCAGCGCUGGUGCCGUGCGGCCAUAACCUGUUCUGUCUGGAGUGCGCGCAACGACUCGCGGCGACGGCUGCGCCCUGCCCCGCCUGCGCUGCGCCUGCGCAUCAAGCCAUUCGCAUACUCUCAUAAAUAUUUGCGGCUAGCCGCGUUCCCCUCGAGGGGCUCGAUUUUUUUACUUAAAUCGUUACGAAAAUAAUAAAAAAAAUCGCGUAAUCGAAAUCCUGGUGCCAAAAGUCGGCGCCUCGCCGGCACGGCCCGUCCGCCGCGCCGAACCUAUCGUAAGUCGGCAGAGUUACUCACGAUAUAUUUUCUUAUUAUGAACGUUUUUUAUUAUGGCGUCGAGCGUCCGCCGCGCUCGUCGCCGCAGAGAGUCGAGGUACGUUACGAUAGAAUUUCGAAAAAAAUGCAUAAAAUUUAAAAAAAGUUGUAUAAUUAUUAUUAUUAUUGAUAGCAUAAAUGAGAAAUCGAAAAUUUAUAAAGCUUACCUAACGUAGUAGCGUAAAAUAUUAAGAUAUCGUAAUAUAAUAAUUAUGAAAGCGAGGGACGGGCGGCGUGGGGAGCGCGCCGCGCGGAGCGGCCUUAGCCAAUGUGUUGUUGAUAGGUAAUGAUUGCAGGGCGUGUUGUUGUGUCGGUAGAUAGUAAGGUAGUGUAAUGGCCGCCCGGGGCAGGCGCCGACCCGCUCGGGGUGCGCUUGGCCCGCUCGGGCCCCGCGUCGCCCGCUACGCUCCCCCGCGACCCAUGCUCAUUAUUUUGACUAUACGAUUAUUCGCUUAAA